AUGAUGGAAGGCUACCCGGGGCCAGUGGAGGCCUUCUACGUGCAGUUCCCUGACCCCCACUUCAAGCGGAAGCACCGCAAGCGCCGCCUGCUGCAGCCAGACACCGUCCACGCCAUCCGCGACGCGCUGCGGCCAGGGGGCGUGGUAUUUUUGCAGUCAGACAUCCUGCGCGCCGCGGAGGGCCUGCGUGACGCGAUAGAGGAGGUGGCCCCCGACGCCUUCGAGCUCUCGCCGCUCCACUCCGACCCAUCCAGCGUGUUUUUCGCGAAGAGCAGCGGCGGCGGUGGCGAGCCGGUGGCCAUUGGGUCGGACGGCGUGGCCGAGGGCCAGGCGGGCCAGCAGGGCGGCGGCGCCGGCGAGGCGGACGGUUCGGAGGCGGAGGGCGGCGCGGCGGACGGGGAGUGGUCGCCAGACGGGUGGGGCGGGUCCGACAGCGACGACAGCAGCUUCGAGCCGCUGUUCGAGUCGCGGUGGGCGCGCGCGGGGUGGCUGCGGGACAACCCUGUGGGGGUGCCGACGGAGCGCGAGCACUACGUUGCCGUGACUCAGGGCUCGGACAUAUAUCGCGUGGUGCUUGUCAGGCGGUGA